CACGCACCUGAAGAAGGUGGAGAACCACAUCACCGAAGCCCAACGCUUCUCCCACCUACCGAAGCGCUCAGCGGUGGACAUCGAGUUCGUGGAGCUGUCCUAUUCCGUGCGGGAGGGGCCCUGCUGGCGCAAACGGGGUAAGGGAGCAGCCUGACGGGGAGCUGUGGAGCCCCCCAGGAGUUGCUUCUUAGCAGGAGGUCUGGGUGUCCCCUGUUUGCCAAGUGCUGCCCCAGUGGGCUCUGUGAGUACUGAAAUCUCAACCCACCACCGACUAUGCACACAGCUGACCUGUGUCUGUGCUCCCCCCACACCUGUGAGCACGGUGGGACACUAGGUUCAACUGGCUAUUGAAGCUUUUCUCCUCUAAGAUGACAUUUUAACCUCUGGUCCUUAAGUGGUCCAGGACCAGUUUGCCUUUAUUUUAGGUAGAAUUCCUGCCUUUGAGGCCUGGUAUGGGCAAGUCUGGGGCUGUGUUGCAGCCCUCCGCAGUGGUGAGCAGUAUCCUCGUACCUAUAGAACACUGCUGAUCUUGAAAGAUAUUCUCAUUCCUGUCAUCUUACUUCAUUCUUGCUGAAGUCCUCCGAGGCAGGGAGGGUGAAGGUUUAGCAGGAUAAGUGACAUCCCCAUGUUACUAAUAAGGAAACUGAGGCCCAGGGAAGUUGAGUCACUUGACCAGUGCCACACAGCUAAUGAGUCGCAGAGCUGAGACCAGAAGCCAGAUUUGCCAGCUCUCUGUGUGUUGUUCUUUCUUUCUUAACUUCCCUGGUACAGCAUUCCCAUCUCCUCCUCUUUUCUCUCAUCAGUGCAGGUGGGUAAGGUCUGGGGCUCUGAGUUCCUUGGAACCUUCACCAGCCUCUGGUAUCCUUGCCCCUGCCUGCCCUGGGCAAUUUGAGCUGGGAAUAAAGAAGCUGAUGGUUUUGUGUUUUGUGUGUGUGUGUGUGUGUGUGUGUGUGUGUGUGUGUGUGUGUGUUUCCCAGAGCUGGGUGUGGGUCAGGGGUGGAGCUGGGACAUUGUUCUCUGAGAUUUAAGAAAUAAGUUUGGGGUGCUUCCGAGCAGGGCUGAGCAUAAGCUGUCUCUGCAUUCCCCACCCUCACUCUCACAAGGGAGCAAAAGGUCACAGGGCCUGAGCCAAAGGAAACUGAGGCCUCUGGGCCCCCUUCUGGGUGCCCUGUCCCAGAGCAGCCUCUGGGUCCUGAGACCAGCUCUGGGCAAAUGAAGAGGUGGCCAUUAUUCCUAUAGUCCUGUUUUUCCUCAGUUUUAAGGAGACGUGAGGAUAAGAAAGAAAUGUAGCUAGAUGGACUGGCUCCUUCAAACCACCAGCCAGACUGACACCCCUGACCAGGUGCUUCCUCCCUUGAGCUUGCCAGCCCCAGGCUCUCUACUGUCCAUUUUGUUGUCUCUUCUGUCCCUUGCCCCUUUCUUUGCCCUCUGUCCUCCUCUCUUUGACUUGUCUUUUCACUGGAGUCCCUCUCCCCUUGUCUGGAGGACAAGAAAGACAUUAGAGGUAGGCAGAGAGGAAGAACGAGGGCUGUGGAGAGAGGGUGGUGUCUGCCUUGCCCAGGUAAGGACUUGCCACUGGUCUCUUCUAAUUAUAUAUGAUGUUUCUUGUUUUUCAAAACACUUUCCCAUUAGUUACUAUUAAAUAUCUCACUUAAUAUUCACAAUAACCCUAUUAUGCCUUGGGAGGAAAUAUUACUGUCCUUAUUUUAUAGAUGAGGAAAUGGAGGUCCUCAAAUAUUAAGUGACUUGACAAAAUUGCGAGAGAGCUACCGACAGAGGCAGGACCAGAACUCCAGUGUGUUUUUAUCUGGAAGGGCUGGCCGGUCCCUCCCGUGAUGAGCAGCUGUGGAACAGCAGGAGUUCAAAGACUGGGUUCCCAGCCUCCUGUCUGCUGGAUGACCUUGGGCCAUUUGCUUAUCCUUCCUUGGACUCACUUUCUUCAUCUGUAAACAGGGACGAUAAGAAUUGUCUCCGCACAGUCCUGUUGUGAAGCUUAGCCGAGACGUUAUCUGUGAAAAUGCUUGGUGAGAGGCAAGUGUAAGAUGAUAUUUGUAUUAGGCAUCACUGUUCAAUCUGGUGCUUGGCUGGGAUUAAAUGAGGGGAAGGUUCAUUGUCGCUUGUUUCCUCCCCUACAAAAGAAAUCACUUCCCGUGAGUGGCUCUGAAAGGUGUUUGCUGGAGUACACAACCACACGUCUUUCUGAUUGAUGGUGAUCGCCCCUGAGGCAGAGGGAUGGAACCUAUGACUUCCCCUCUCCCAGGAAAGAACUUGUUGUGUGACCUUGGGUGAGUCACUGGAUGUCUCUGGGCCCCGGUUGGCUCAUCCAUGUUGCUACAGCAGCAAGGGAAGUAAUGAGUUUGUAAACUCUGAAGCACUCUCUGGGCAGUUGGUGUGAUGGGGACCCCACAGUGGACAGCAGCUGAGCCUCCUUCUGAAUGGAUGUGUCCAGAGGGACAGCUGGGUGCUGUGGAGGGAGGGCGAAAGAUCACAUCCCUUCACUGUCUCUGCUAAGGAGGUAGAGGGGAGAGGAAACUGAGCUCUGGGGGGGGUGGAGGGUGGUAGUGAGCAAAAUCUCCAGCAGGGCCUUGGCGUUUCUGCCUUACUGAGGCAGGUCUGCAAACAUAGCAGGCAAGGCUUGCCUGGUGGGCUCCCUCCUUCCUCUCUACCACCUUGUUUCCCCAGGUGACUCCGUGAGGUCUCUGACCUCUGCUUCCUGGCUUGUGUUAUGUAUGUGCUCUCAUGUAGCAGAGCUCUUCCUCCCAAGGCCUGGAGAGCCUCUGACUUUCCUCUCCAUUUUUGAAUGCUGCUCAUCCUUUAAGACUUUGCUCAAAUGCCACUUCCUCCUUGAAGCCAUUCCUGAUUUUUCCCUUCCCCUCCACCCUCCUCAAUUCCAUUUUCUGCAUUCUCAUUGUACAUUCUGUUAUAACCCUUAUUUUAUCUCUCCUCAGAUCCAUAGAUGUUUUCCAUCUUUUGAAAUCUAGACUAUGACUUUCUUGAACGCAGGAAAUGUGUCUUCUUCCUUUUUUUGUCCAGUGUCUGGUACAGAGCUUGGAAUGUAGUAAACAUCAGUAUUAACCGCCCAUUUUAUACGUGAGGGACCUGGAGCUCAGAGAGGCUAAGCAACUUGCCUGAGGUCCCACAGCUGGUUAUAAGACCCUCCUCAAGUGCCUGUCGGGUAAAUUCUGCCGCCGGGAGCUGAUUGGCAUCAUGGGCCCCUCCGGGGCCGGCAAGUCCACCUUCAUGAACAUCUUGGCAGGGUACAGGGAGUCUGGAAUGAAGGGGCAAAUCCUGGUCAAUGGGAGGCCGCGGGAGCUGAGGACCUUCCGCAAGAUGUCCUGUUACAUCAUGCAGGAUGACAUGCUACUGCCACACCUCACGGUGUUGGAAGCCAUGAUGGUCUCUGCUAACUUGAAGUUGAGUGAGAAGCAAGAGGUGAAGAAGGAACUGGUGACGGAGAUCCUGACAGCACUUGGCCUGAUGUCCUGCUCCCACACGAGGACAGCUCUGCUUUCCGGUGGGCAGAGGAAGCGCCUGGCCAUCGCCCUGGAACUGGUCAACAACCCGCCUGUCAUGUUCUUUGACGAGCCCACCAGUGGUCUGGACAGCGCCUCCUGUUUCCAAGUGGUGUCCCUCAUGAAGUCCCUGGCCCAGGGGGGCCGUACAAUCAUCUGCACCAUCCACCAGCCCAGUGCCAAGCUCUUUGAGAUGUUUGACAAGCUCUACAUCCUAAGCCAAGGUCAGUGCAUCUUCAAGGGCGUGGUCACCAACCUGAUCCCCUACCUGAAGGGGCUUGGCUUACACUGCCCCACCUACCACAACCCGGCUGACUUCAUCAUUGAGGUGGCCUCUGGAGAGUAUGGAGACCUGAACCCCAUGCUGUUCAGGGCUGUGCAGAAUGGGCUCUGUGCCAUGGCCGAGAAGAAGAGCAGCCCUGAGAAGAACGAGGUCCCCACCUCCUGCCACCCUUGCCCUCAGGAAGUGGAUCCCAUUGAAAGCCACACCUUUGCCACCAGCACCCUCACACAGUUCUGCAUCCUCUUCAAGAGGACCUUCUUGUCCAUCCUCAGGGACACGGUCCUGACCCACCUGCGAUUUGUGUCCCACGUGGUCAUCGGUGUGCUCAUUGGUCUCCUUUACCUGCACAUCGGUAACGAUGCCAUCAAGGUCUUCAACAACACCGGCUGCCUCUUCUUCUCCAUGCUAUUCCUCAUGUUUGCUGCCCUUAUGCCAACCGUGCUCACCUUCCCCUUAGAGAUGGCGGUCUUCAUGAGGGAGCAUCUCAAUUACUGGUACAGCCUCAAAGCAUACUACCUGGCCAAGACCAUGGCCGAUGUGCCCUUUCAGGUGGUGUGCCCGGUGGUGUACUGCAGUAUCAUGUACUGGAUGACCGGCCAGCCAGCCGAAACCAGCCGCUUCCUCCUCUUCUCCGCCCUGGCCACUGCCACAGCCUUGGUGGCCCAGUCCUUGGGGCUGCUGAUUGGAGCUGCCUCCAAUUCCCUCCAGGUGGCCACCUUUGUGGGCCCAGUUACCGCCAUCCCUGUCCUCUUGUUCUCCGGUUUCUUUGUCAGCUUCAAGACCAUCCCCACUUACCUGCAAUGGAGCUCCUACCUCUCCUAUGUCAGGUAUGGCUUUGAGGGUGUGAUUCUGACCAUCUAUGGCAUGGAUCGAGGAGAUCUGACCUGCUUGGAGGAGCACUGCCCUUUCCAGAAUCCGCAGAGUAUCCUCCGAGCGCUGGAUGUGGAGGAUGCCAAGCUCUACCUGGACUUCCUGGUCUUGGGCAUCUUCUUCCUGGCCUUGCGACUGCUGGCAUACCUUGUGCUCCGUUACCGGGUCAAGUCGGAGAGAUAGAGCUUGCCCUGGCCUUGCCCUGGCCUGCGCCCCAGCCCCCGCAGCGGAAGCCCUCAGCCCCAGCCCUCUGGGACUGUUUUAACCUUGUAGACUUUGGCACCGGUUGCUGGUGCAGCCGCCUUCCCCUCUUUCAGCGCCUCCACAGGUUGGCUGCUGGGCUGUGCUCCCAGCCAUGGCCGUGGCCGUGGCCGUGGCCGUGGGGGCUCCAGCCCUCCCCACCAUGCCCAGAAGUCUUCCCCAGUUGAUGCAGUUUAUAGCUCCCUCCCUACUCUCUCCAACAUCUGCAUGCAAAGACCACUAGGAGGCUGCCACCCCCCUUCCUGCCCUCGGCACCCUCCUCUGUUGUCUGCCUGGGAGCCCCAGGUUCUCCAGGCCCCCAUUUACAACUGACCAAAGUGGCCCCCUCUGGGGGUCCCCACCACACAAGUGUUUGUAAACUGGGCUGUUCUAAGGUUUGGGUUCCAGGGCUGGGCCCUGGUGAGGUCCCCUGGAAGUCCCAUUUGGACACUGGAAUGGAGCAGGGAAGGCUCUGGAAGUCUCUUCCUCCUCCUCACCUUCUCCCCACCCCCAGACUUGGCUGAUUUGGACAAUCUGCUGGAACAGAAGCUGGGUUUUCUGUCUGGGUCAUCCCUCCCAAUCCUGGGGAUUGGAGAGGCCUGGGGCCCUGGGAUGCCCCGUCCCCUUCCCUGUCCCCUUUGGUGGGGGUAGGGUUUGGUGGCACCUCUGCAAUAAUGUCUGUUUCUCUCCCACCUGCCACUGGAACUGGAGAAUGCACUUUAUUCAGGGGCGUGAGUAGGAGAAGACCAAGCCUCCUUUCUUGCUUCUCCUGCCCGGUCCUGCAACACUCCCUACCCUCUCCAGAGUUACAGGCACAUACAUGCGAACAGGCAAUCUCAGCCCGACACACCACACUGUCCCCUCUGGCUCCGAGGAGGAGUGAUGGUUGUGUGGUGGUGGCGGCAGUGACGGCGCUGCAGGAAGGGCAGUGCCACCUCCUCUGGGGAUGCCACUUUGCAUGGAUGAGGCUGGUGCCACCCAGGGUGUCCUGGGACCUAGGAUCUGCAGGUGUCUACCCCCGAGUCUUCUUUCCCCUCCCAGUCAGGGUGGCACAGGGCACUAGCUCCCCAGAGCUCAGGAGCCAACACAAGCACAAGCAUGGGCGUACGUUGGCCUUGGCCACUGCCACCCCGUGGCCCUUCUUUUGUGUGUCAAGCUGGCGUUCUCACUCCCCUGCCCCUUCCCCAGCUGCUUGCUGCUCAUUCAAACUCCUGUCUGGGUCUUUCCACACCCUUCCCACCUUCCCAUCAGCCAAGGUGGGCCCUGGGCACCAGAGCGACAGACACAGAGCACGUCUGGCUUCCGUGGUGGGUCCAGGCUCACGCCACUUCUGAUUUCCCCUUCCCCCAGGGCUCUCCCCCGAUGCUUCUUCCUGUGCACACACCACUCUUCCUUCUCUUACCCUGCCACGGAUUCUCCUCGUCGCCCAGAGAUGCCAGUUGUAUUUGGGACUUCACCCAUUAUUAAUAAAACCUAUAUUUAU